CGUUUAGUGAACAGUGAAGCCAACUCUAAAAGGAUUAAUUUUGUUGAACAAUGUUUUGGUGUUUCUGGUCAGCCCUUGGCAGCACCCCGACGAGUCCUCGUCGGGGAAGGUGUCCUAACAAAAAUGUGUCGCAAGAAGCCAAAACCCAGACAGUUCUUCUUAUUCAACGACAUCCUAGUCUAUGGCAACAUUAUCAUCAAUAAGAAAAAAUACAACAAACAACACAUCAUCAACCUCGAAGAUGUCAGCCUUGAAUCUGUUCCAGAUGAAGGAGAAUUGUAUAAUGGCUGGCAGAUCAUAAGCCCGAGUAAGUCCUUCACAGUGUAUGCAGCCACAGCCAUGGAGAAGGUAGAAUGGAUGGCCCACAUAACCCGGUGCAUACAAGAACUCCAUAAGACACGUGGCAAAAAAUCCAUGGUGACGGAGGCCUCGCCAGUCUGGGUACCUGACAACAACGCCGAUGUCUGCAUGAGGUGUCGCAAGUCGGAGUUCAACGUCAUCAACAGACGGCACCACUGUCGCAAAUGUGGCUUCGUCUGCUGCAACGACUGCACGAACAAGCGAUGGCUGCUUCCGUGCAUAUCCACCAAGCCCGUUCGUGUCUGUAACGUAUGCUACGAGUCCCUCGCACAAGCCGGUACGUCUGUCUGUGUGUCUGUCUGUCUGUCAGUCGGAUGGUUGUUGAUGAUUGUGAAAGUUUUUUGCGCGUCAGUUGGUUAG